GCAACUAUGGCUGAGACAGGGUGACUAUUGUUGCCUCGUACAUAGUUACAGUAGUAAACAACCGUACAUGAAAGGAGGAGAGUCUCGUAAUAAGAGUUCCAGUCAAGACCAUGGCGACAGAAAUUUCAGACAAACUGCUUAAAGUAGUGAAAGGUCUCCGUAAUAGUGAUAAAGACGACAAAAAACAGCGAGGUGUUCCUGCAAAUAAAAAAGAAUUGGAAGAGUGGCGUCAGAUUCAAGAAUUCUGUAAACUACCCAAAAGAGGACAGGAGGCUUUUUUCAGGUUUCUUCGAGAUGACUUUUACCCAGAAGAUAAAGAUAUAGUAGAUGUACCUGUUACAGCCAAAAAUAUGACUACUAUCUCAGGAAGGUACCAGUUUUGGCUGAAGUAUCAAGGAUUCGAAGUAGGAAAUAUUAUUGAGUUGUAUGUGUAUAGAAAAAUGCCUCGUAAUGAUGAAGUGGAUGAGCGAGGGCCAUGUUUUAAUGAUGCAAUGAAAUGCCACGAUACGUAUAAAGGCAAUGGAGGUACAUCUAACAUGAAAGAUUACUUGGAGGAAACAGAAAAGGACGCGGAGAGAGUAGAUACGUUUGUAAGUGGCUUAGUAGAAGCAAUGGAGCCAGAGUUACGCACAUACUUUCAAUCUUUCUUGAAAGAUCUUGAUGACAAAUUGAAACCGGUGAAAGCAUAAAGUAGUUCCAGUUCAUUUAGGAACUUAAAAAAUGUUGUUUGUACUGUCGAGAGUUGCAACAAUCACCUACCAUAUUUUUUAAGGAAAAGUAUUUGUGUGAACUCAAAAUCUACACCAGCAUAUUCAACAGCUAUUUUUAAGCCUGUGAUGCCUUACAAACUAGACUUAUACUGUACUACCUUUUGGUACUGCAUGAGUCAGUAUGGAAAAUCAGAUUUUCUGUCCUAGAGUGUCUUGGUGGUUGUUGUUUGAAGAGCAUUACCAUGUUAAGCUUAUAAACUAGUAAUUUUGUAAACCUUAUAUGUUUCUUUUGUUACCUCCAUAAUUUGGCCUUGUAUCACCUUCCUCAUUCAUUGAUGUGUAGAAAAGAGGACAGUGGAUCUACUUUCCAUUUUUGUGAAGGAAACCAUUUUCUGUACGUCAUCUGUAAUUCUUUAUACAGGAUGGUUGACCACUGGUGAGAAAGUUACUUUAUUCUGAGACGGUGACAAGUGUUCAUACUGGUCGGCACUGUAGGCAAUGACACACCUCCAGUGAGUGACUGGUCUUGUGUACACCAGAGACUAACAUAAACCUCUCCCUCCCACACUAUCCAGAGCAAUACUGUACUUAUUAAGAGUAAUUUUGUUAUUUUAUUACAUUCCCCAUAAUGUACUUAAAUAUGUUACAUGUACAGUACAAUCAAAUAAGCAUUUUACUUAGCCAAUAAUAUAGAUUUAGAUUUUAUUAUUCAUGUAUUGUUGUAAAGUUGAUUCAGAUUUGUCCUUUUACAAAAUAUCAUUAUUGUUGAGCCCUGAGGAGUAAUGGAACACAUGUUAUUCUCUAUGCAAAUGUUAUUUUUCCAUUUGUCAUCGGCUUUUAAAUUUUCAAGAUGUUUAUUUUUUUUUUAUCACAAUGUUUUCAGUAACUUUGUCUCUCUUUUGAUCUAAUUAACUCUUUAGUAAGAAAUUAGCAAUAGCAGUUUUGUGAAGUUUAUUUUAGAUAUGUUCAUAUUCAAAAUAAUAAACAUCUUAAUAAUGCAUUCCGUACAACUGUUGACAUUUUCAGAAACUUUUGUUCUUUCAAAAUUUUUGUUGGGUUCAAGAAAUUUAGAUGCUUGAGUAAAGAUAUUAUACCUACGGUAGACCCUAUAUCUCCGUGCUGUGAUGCCUCUAAAGUGUUGACUGCGGGCCCAUCAACAAAAACAACCCUAUACAUGUACUUCAUGGCCAUAAUAACUUGACCUGUUUUUGUAGUGUUCCUCUAACUUUUCAGAUUGAGGGCUGAGAUAUAAAUGUCUUCCUGGUGCAGCUUAGUUUACUGUACUGUACUGUACUGUACUGUACUGUACUGUACUGUACUGUACUGUACUGUACUAUACUGUACUGGGGUAUACAGUUCAAGGCAUUGUAUUUAUUUGUUGAAUGUAAAUCCUAAAAAGAGUAAUUACAGUACAGUAUUUACUUAACAUCUUGUGUAUUUACUAUGCAGGGUAAGAUCAUCAAGAUAAUCUAGAGUUUAUUAUUAAGUGAUUCAUUAUGUAAAAUUGAAACGAGUAAAACAAGUGAUAUUGAGAGACAAGUAUUGAAUGCAAUAUACUGUACUGUACUGUAAUAUUAGCAGGAACAAAUGGUGCAGAACGUUUCCAGCUUUCCAUAUUUGAGAGAUCUCUGGGUAUUGGAAAGUUCUGGGGUUCAAAGAUUCUUGCUAUCAGGGAUAUUAUUGUACUGCACUGUACUGUAUGGUAAUUAUUAACCAAGAAUUUAUUAAGAAAUAUAAGGGCUUUAAUAAACCUUUUCAAUUGCUACAUAAGCAGUGCCAUCCAUUUCUAGAUACAGGUAUCGAUAUAAGCUUAAUGGGGCUUUUUUAUUCUAAGAUUAUUUUAAAAGAAUAAGUUAUAUAAUUAUUAGUUCACAACCACCUUUCAGUGUGAGGUGUUCUUGUGUGAUAACUGUAAUAACUAUAAUGGAUAUACUGUAUCCCAGAAAGUUGACCAACUAUGUAAAUUAUAAUAUGAAACUUGAGAUGUAUGUGCGGUAUAAAACACUUGACCUUCAUGUGACCCCUCAGUGACAUAAGGUCCUGUACUGUACAGUAUAAGCUCAGACAGGAUUGGUUAUUUUCUCUAAUGUGGUUUUCAUGUUAUACAAAAUUCGUUAUAGUUUUGUAUUGAAAUUUAAAGAUGUAAUUUGUAUUAUAUUGGUAACCAGUGUAACAUUAGAUAUAAUAUGAUUACAGUGGUCCCUCGAUUAACGAAUGGUCCAAUUAACGAAAUUUUGGUUAACGAAUUAGCUCCCAUAAGGAUUUUCAGUUCGAUUAACAAAAGCCUUACGAGAAACAUGUUUUGUUGUGCGCAUCAGCUGAUUGGUCUGUCCGCCAGUACAGUAAUCAGUUCAAUGUUUACAUUCGUUUCCAGUGUUGUAAAUGUCAAGAAAGUUGGUCUCUUGAAUAUUUCUGCAUUUUUUAUAUUAAAAUUAUUGGUCAUUCUAAGAUAUAGUUAACA